UCCCUCUUCUGUUUGCUAAAUCUCACUGUCACUGCUAAAAUCUGAGCAGAUAGAGCCUGCGCAAUGGAAUAAAGUCCUCAAUAUUGAAAUGUGACAUUGCUCUCAACAUCUCACAUCUCUCUGGAUUUCUUUUUUCUCAUCAUUACUGCUAACAAAUUCAUUUCCAGACUUUGCACUUUUAAGAAGCAAUGGAAAAAAUCAACAGUCUUUCAACACAAUUAGUUAAGUGCUGCUUUUGUGAUUUCUUGAAGGUGAAGAUGCACACUGUGUCCUACAUUCAUUUCUUCUACCUUGGCCUGUGUUUGCUUACCUUAACCAGUUCUGCUGCUGCUGGCCCAGAAACACUCUGUGGUGCUGAGCUGGUUGAUGCUCUUCAGUUCGUGUGUGGAGACAGAGGCUUUUACUUCAGUAAGCCUACAGGGUAUGGAUCCAGCAGUAGACGCUUACACCACAAGGGAAUAGUGGAUGAAUGCUGCUUCCAGAGUUGUGACCUGAGGAGGCUGGAGAUGUAUUGUGCUCCAAUAAAGCCACCUAAAUCUGCACGCUCUGUACGUGCUCAGCGCCACACUGAUAUGCCAAAAGCACAAAAGGAAGUGCAUUUGAAGAACACAAGUAGAGGGAACACAGGAAACAGAAACUACAGAAUGUAAGAACAUGCCAUCCACGAGAAUGAAGAAUGAAUGUGCCAUCUGCAGGAUACUUUGCUGUAAAUAAAUUAUUUGUUUAACAUUGGAAGACUUAAAAAAAACCUACGGUUUAAUAAGCUUGAUGCAAUCUCAACCAAUGGGCAUUCUCCCAGUGAACAAUGCAACUAAACAUUCCAAUAUUAAGUCUUUAGAGAACAAAACAUUUAAACCAGCCCAGAGCUAAAAAAUUCUGCGGUUGAUAUAUUACUGUUUGUUAAUCUGUUUUAAAUGUCCUGCACAAGAUCUCCUAAAGUCCUGUGCCCCUCAAAAGCCUACAAAUUUAUGGGCCUUUGAUGGAUCCAAUUGCACUAAAUUAACCUAUGAACACUGGCUGCUGGAGUCAUUCAUCAGCCAUGUCUAAGUGGUGUUUUUUUAUUUGCACUUCUAUACAAGCCACAGGCUGUUUGUUUUAAAGUGUCUGAUAACAUUGUUUGUCUACCCCUUCAUAUUUGCACAGUCUGACAUUCCCAGUAACAGCAGCAGUAAGGUAACAUACACAAUUUUAAACAUCCAUUAAUUCCAUCUGUGGCAUUUUGACAGAGUAUGAGUUAUAGAUGCAUUUGUUUUAAGACAGUUCUAUUUUUCCUUCUCUUGCAAAGCUGCAGUUCAUUGCAAUUUGUGAGACAAAAGAUUUUUAAAAGCAGUUAAAGCAUACAUAGGCUCUCAAACCAUUAAUGAUUCUUCCAGGUAAUUAUUUUGCAAUGGUAUAGGUAACUUCUUUCUUCCUCCAUAUAAUGCAGCAUGUAAAAUUUAGCGUAUCAGUAAUACACAUAUAUCAAACAGUAUGUAAAAAUCUCUGUUUUAUAGUACAACGGUGCUAUUUUAUAGUUUGUCACAUGAAAGAGUCUGGCCAAAAUGGUAACAGGUAAAAUCAAAUAUGGAAAAAUCAAGCCAAAAUGUUAAACAACAAUUUUUAUAGUAUUCAGCUUAAAUGAAAAAAAAUUGCUUUGGAUUCCAACAGGGAAACAACUUUCUCAUCUUCAAAAAAAAAAUUCAGAUGCUUCUUUACUUUUAGGUGUUUGAAUGGUGGAGUUUUCACUUACAGUUACGUGGAACAUAAAUUAAUAGAUGCCUAGGCCUGAAGAAGACAGUUUGAAAAACAGCCCUCAAAUUAUAUCAAAGGGUAGCCUAUCAGGCUCUAAAUCUUCCUGGAAUAUCAGCAUUCUGUUCAAACAUAUGAGGUUACUCAAGUUCCCUGCAAUUUUAAUUCUUCCCACAAUCGGGUGUGACUAAUUUAACUGUUAACUGGGCUGCUGCAUCUCUCUUUAAAUUAGAAAAGCUAAUCUAAUCACCAAAUUACAGUGUAGAACAAGUCCCUGAAAAGAAGAUUUCAAUACGCUACUUAUAAUAACUGUUCAUGCACUCUUAUGGGAGACAUAUAUGUCCAGGUAAUCUCUGCUCUGUAAUCCUGAUAGGCACUACACUGAUUCUGCCUUGAAUGACACUAUGUCCUAUGCUCUGUUUUUGUGAAUCACCUCAGUGCUAAAUUGGCCGUGCAGUAAAGGGGGAUAGGUAGCAAACAGUGUCCCAAGGUAAGCAAUAAAAUUCUCUGAGAAAAAACAGAAGAGAAGGCAGGGGAGAAUGCACUGUCCCAUUCUGUCCAGAACUGCAGUGGUUCCACUCAACUUCUUCCUUCCAUUACCCCGCACACGGUAAGCUCAGACAAGGGAUAAAGUACACCUUGAUCAUCUCCAAAGAGGGUAGGGAGAAUACAGUAUGAAGGGAGCAAUCAGGGAGAUGUUAGAUUAGAUCUGUAAAGGAAAUAUCUCUUUUGAAAGGCUCAAAUCUGCCUUACUUUCUACUAUAUCCGUGGGAGUAGAUGACUGAACUAUUGAUUAAAACACAAGAGAAUAAUCUCUGCAGACUGCAUGUUGUACAGCUCCUCAACAGUUUCUUGUGAAACAGACAAGAAAUGCAGGCCUUAAAAUUCUAAGAAAUUAUUACUAUUUCUUUUUUGGUUCCCAUAGAAAAUUUGGGGUUUGUAUUUUUUCCAAUGGCAGUGCAAUGUAUUCCUAUGUGACUCUUUAAACCCGCUGCUUUCGGUGAGAUGCAUGUUUAUAUGCACAAUAUGCUGCCAUCACAAUGUAAAAGCAGAACAGUAAACGAAUAAAAAGAAUAUGUUACAGCUGUCACUGACUGAGGUAGUUAUGUUGAAAAAGGAAGAAUGCACAGAGAAACAGGUGAGGAAACUAAUCUAAAUUAUUUACCACCAAUUCAGUAAACAGAGGUAGCAAUUCUGACAUCUGUCACAGCUCUGACAGGCCUUUAGUGCAGAGGAUGAAGUAUUUUUACUUCUAUGGUUGUUAAGAAUUCCAAAAUGUGUUCUAAGAAUAAGUCAUUAUUUCAAAGUCACAGAUAUAAUACGUAUUUCCAUUUCAUGUCACAUGACUCUCUCUGUCCCCUGCCUCCUCUGAAGUUCUAAGAGGAGGAGGAAGGAAAAGUGUGAGCAUAAAAAACAAUUCACAGAUCUCUGUGUUGGCAAGUUUCUUUGUAGAUAACAUUUUCCUGAUGCACUGUUAGCAUAACUGAAUAACCAUACAUUAAUGUGAUUUUUAAUUCCUGUAAAUUAAUUCAAAUUUUGGUCUUAUCGCAGGAUUGAUGCACUCACAUUCAUGUCACCAUAUUUCUCAUGUUGAGGAAUCACAGUUGGAAAAUGUCACUCAUAGACAGUAAUAUCUAACAUCAGAACUUGACAACUAUCUCAACAAAUUAGGACAAUCCUUGAAAGAAACUGCAAUAAAUAAUUAAUAUCUACAAGCUUCAAAGCCAACACUUUGCUUUACUAGAGAAUAAGUGGUAUCACAAAAUGGAAAGUAGCUCCAUCACUGAAAAAGUGAGAAAUGGAUGGAUGGGAAAUGUAUACUCAUAUAAGAAAUCUCCAUUCAUGUGACAGGAAAAACAUGAUAUACCAGUCAGUGUGAAAGAUAAAGGGCUGCUGUAGAGUACUAAUCUCACUAAGUCUGCUACUUAAACGAAGUUUAAGCAUGAGCUAAAACAUCUCCCUCCCAAAUGUACAAAGUAGUUUGACUUGAAAAACUUCUAAUUAAGAUAUUGAAGGGUUCAGCUGGAUUUUCAAAAGCACUCCAGAUAUUUAGGAACAGGACUCCCACUGGAUGCCAUUGGUUCUCAUAAAUCACUUAAGUGGUAAAGAAAAUACCACUCCCCAUCCUUCCAUAUCAUGUAAAUCACACGACAGAAAUCACAAAUUUUUGCAUUCUAGAAUAGACAUAAACCUCUAAUUAUUACACAAUGUCAAUGAAGCGUAGAAGUGAAAAAAGUGAUUUAAUUAAGCCUCAUUUUUUUCCAUUAGUUCAAAAAGGACUGCAGAUCUAAACCCACUGAAGUUAAUAUAUCUCUUUCAUCAAGGUAGAAAAAUUUAAGCCUCAUCUCCAUAGUAAUCAUAAUUAAUCAUUAAGAAUUUAAAUGGAAAAUGAAUUCAUUUUAUAUUCCGCUUUAAAUGUACUUACGAACCUUCACUUCCAUUUGUGUGAAAGACUUGUAUGAAGCUUAUUUAUACCAGUCAAGAGAGAGAAGCAAAUCAACUAACGGGAUGAUGCAUUCAGUUCCUGUACAUACAUUAGAGUAGGCACCUUUUGCCCAAAACUAUUACAGUCUCAAUUCGUUAUUAAAGAGGAAAGGGUGAAUUAGUGCUAGGCUUUCUUCACAGAAGUGAAUUCCAUAAACAACUAGUAGCUAUGUUCAAUUGCCCCAUGAGCUGGUUGUUGGCUCGGUAUCAGUUGGUAAAGUGGGUUAGUGAAAACUCUAGGACAAGCACCGUGUCUUGGCUCUCCAUUACAAAAAGCAAGCACAUGAUAAGAUAAGGUCAGAAAAGCAUAUGCGUAUUUGCUUUACCUGUUACUGAUUUGGCCAACAAUGCCAAAGUGGUGCUAUUGUUUUGUUUAAGAAAGUACUUGACUAAAAUAUAAAAGAAAGCAUAAAUAUUUUUUUAAUUUAUGAAAAUGACAGUUGCAUAGGUGUGGUUAUUAAAAUAGAAAUAUAACUAGCCAUACAUUUUCAACUUUUUGUCACUCAGCAAAGACGACUUAAAUUGAUGGAAAUGGGUCAGCAUAAGAGUCAAAAUGCCACAAAAAUUCAUAGACUUGCAGUGCAAUUCUGACUCUUUACUCCAAGUCAGAAAUACAGAUGAAGAAAAACAUUUAACGUCAGGGAAAAAGGGAUAUGACUGAAAGCCUGCUCACAUUAAUGCAAGUCCUAUAUCAUAACAAGGAUUUUUAAGCCACACUCUAGCCUGAAAUGAGUGUAGAGUUUGGCUUAAAUUCAGUGGCAUAACACAAUUGAGAUUUUCAUUGAGCAUACUUUUCUAUUUUUACCUGAUUACCUUCACACUCAUGGCGUGCCCCCAAAAAGUCAAUGGUCUUUAAACAAAAAGGCAUGAAGAAAUACACAUUAUUUUAUAAAGGAAUGAAAAAAUAAAUAUCUCUAACACUAAGCUAAUGUUAUUUUUAAUCCUUAAUAGUUUCAAAUUGUGAGAAAAAGUUGAAAUAUAUGGCUAACAGUCUGUGAAUUUUUUUUUUAACUUCAUGUGGUCACUAUGAACAUCCUCAUGUUCAAAAUUUCACAUUUCAUUGUUUUGUUUUGAAAUUAUGGUAAGUUAAGCCCAAAUAGAGAUUCUUGCAGACUAUAGGCUAGAUAGAAUACUUAUGUUCUGAUGAAAAUAUAAUCAAUAUAUUUAAAAUGUUUUAUUUUUAGUCUGAAAAGGAAUAGUAAUAAUUUAUUUGUGGAUGCAACCUAUACUGGUCCCUUUUUAAGGAUACUGUUCACUGCAAACAAGUCUUCCAAAUGCCAGACUUCUAUUCAAAACCAACAUUCAUUCCUCCAUCCCCCUUCCCCCAGCAAAUCCAGUUAAAAAGUUAUUGCAACUUAAUUUUUUGUUUGUCUCUUUGGGUUUGGGGAGGUUGCUUUGUUUUUAUUCACUUUGUUUUGAUUUGGGGGACGGGGUAAGAAGGAGGAGAUGAGGCUUUUAAGCGAUUAAGAUUUUUUUUCUCUUGGGUACAAUCCACAAAAAUAAAGAAUUUGCCUUGAUGAGUUUACUAAUUAUCCAAUUCAUACGUGUGGAAGUAACAUUAAUUAAAGCAACUGGAUUAAAGUUGUCUUGAAAGAAAGAAAAAAAACCUAUUCACACAAACUUUUUACUCGUUCUCAUCUUACACUAUACAUUUUGCUUCUCAUACCAUUGGAAUAUACUACUGGACUAUAACUGUCCAACCACACAGCAUCAGAUAUGUAUGAACCUUCUUUGAUUUUUUACAUGGUGUUAUGGGAAUAGCUGAAACUUGAUUACAUAUAGUACAUAUAGAGAUACCAGUCUAGCAGAGACCAAGGCAAGAAGGACCUCUCUGAUGCUUACAUUAGGAAAUCUUGUUACAUAAAGGGUGUGUGUAUGUAUAUAUAGAUAUAUACAUAUAUAGAAACAUAUGUAUGUAUAUGUGUAUAUAUAAUGUUAUAUUGCGUGAUGUGUGUGUGCAUGUGUAUAUUAUGAUUUUCUCCUUCUUCCUCUCAAGUAAAAUUUGAAUUUCUUGCUUUUUACAUAUUAUAUCUCAUGGAUUAUACUCAAUAAUCCAAUUGGAAUCUAAUUUUAGGAGAACAUUAUAUAGUAUGGUUGUCACAAGCUAGAUCCUAACUUUGUUUUUCACACCUUAAGAAAUGACCUGAUUUUUAAAUUAUAAGACACUUCUUUGUUGUCAUCAAGCAAAUCUAUAUAUCUGUUUAAGAACAGAUAUAAAACAGUGCUUUGAGGGCCUAAUUAUGAAAGAUUUUCUUUUAUUUCAUUCUUCUCCAGGUAAAUUCUAUUAAAUGAGAUUUUUUAAGUGUAAGCCUCCCUUCAAAGUAAGAAUAAUGGGUAAUAUAACCAGAGAAGAAUGAAAAUUUCUGGCAUUUAAUAAUAUCACCUUAAUUAUUCAUUUGUCAAUUAGAUGCCUUUUCUAAUUGUAAUUCACACCUCUAUAGUAUCUUUAACUAUUUCAGAAGUGAAAAAGACUUGGCAUUGUAAAUCCCUAUAUCCUAAAUUAUUUAUAAUAAUUUUUUAUUUCUCUUUAUUCUUCAGUAAUGUUUUAUUUUGCCAGCUUGGCUCACAAAAGUCAUAAAAAAGCAUCCAUGUGAUACUUCUGCUGCUAAACCUUCUUUCCUGCAAAAAUGUAACACACAGCUACAAAAUUUACAUAUUCACACUUAAUUGAAGUUCUUAAGAAACAUCACAAAUACAGGUGUGAGAUUUUUUUUUCACAUUUUAAAAGUAUGAACCUUUUUUUAACUAAGUGAAAGACAUUUUAUCUUGUUGUAUUUUACAUUCAUUAACAGCAUCUUUACUCUAAAGAACAACAAAAUACUGCAGAACAAAAAGGAUUUUAUCUUGAUAAACAAGAUCAUGCUUCAUGUAAUCGUGUUAAAGAAAAAGGUUUAACCAGAUAACUAUAUUUACAACUAAUUCAGUGGAAUUCAUAUGUUGUAAUGAAACAUUUAGCUUUGUAAAAUCAAAUGAAUGUUCCAUUUUUCCUGGUUUACCUGCAUUAACCUUGUCUAUGGAAUGAAAAAGCCUACUUUAAUAAUGAUCAAAGACAAAGGAUCUAAGACCAAUAGACUAAAGGACUAACAAUGAAAGAGGUACAAUGUCCUUAUUUUGUGCACAGGGAUGAAUUCUAUCUUAAUUUUUUUUCAGGUUAGAAUUUAAAUGCAAAUUUAUAAAAAUACUGCAUAAGAAUUACAAUACUCUUCAUUAUUUGCACUUAGAGGCAAGUUUUAGUAUAAUAAAGCAUACAUGAUUUACACGGCAUGAUACAUGAUGUAAAUCAUACUUUUUCGUUUAUUACCAUUUCUAAGGAAUUAGUUCAAUUGAAAUCUACAGAAAUCCUGUGCAAGAUGAAAAAAAACAGUUCUUAAAAGUGUUUAAUGAUAACUGUUGCCUGAUUAAACUAAGUCUCAUCAAACAUGAGUCAUAAAAUGCUCCACUGAAAGUGUACCGGUAUUUGAUAAUGUUCUGAACAGUUUCAUCUGUAGUCUGAUACUUCACAUUGCUUAUAUCAGAAUGUGACAAUUCUGUGUCAUAGUUUCUUAAUCCUUGGAGUCUUUGGGUUGAACAUUAAACAUUUUUAUCAAGCCUCAGGAUUUUAGGAAACAAAACUAAAGCAGAAGAGGCAGCACCAUCUGCUGCUGAUAAUCAAAUCGUACAUGAGCUCUCUCUCCUCCCAAAUUAUGUGCAAACCACACAAAAGUCCUAAACAAUGAGAUCAACAACCCUUGGUUUUCAGGAGGAUAGACUUUCCAAUAGGAAUAUUAACUGUUUUCCCUUUCUUCACUGUUGGACUUCAAUUGGUAUUCUGACUAAAACUUCGGCUUCCAUGAUGCAAGCAUGAAUGUGGAUAAAUGAAUUUCUGAUUUCACUACUGAAUAAUGCUACUAUUAACAUUUCAAGUCAUUAUAACCAAACAGUGACAAACGCUUAAUGUUCAUUCACUAAAAACCAUUUAAACACUCUAUUAAAGUUCUAACUGGAUUUAUUCUUUCUUUUUUUUAUUUUCUUGUGCUUACUCAUAAUACAAUGUCACUACUUGAUGACAAAUAAUAUUUCAUACUGUGUAUGUAACAUCAUUGUGUUGCAGAAUUCCCCAAAUACCUCAACAAUGUCUUUGUUGCUCUCUUCUCCCCAUUUAGCACUUAUAAGCUUUUAUAGUAACAACAAAUAAAUCAAAAAAACAGAGCUCUUACUAUGUACAAAUAUAAAAAAAUCAAUAAUUUUUGCUAGUUUGCAGUUUAUGUAAUGCCAUCUUGAACAUUCUCUUCCCCUCUCUCUACAAGCUGUCUAGAACAGUAAACUUUGCUCCAUAAAUAAUAGUGUAUUCAUGCUUUUAAAGGCUUUUAUAUGCAUAUAUGGUAGAUAAAGGUUGGAAGAGGUAGUUGACUGAUUUUCACUUUUAUCUACUUUGAUUUCAGUAAAGGGCUUUGUCACUCUGUAUACAUAAAGGCUAAUGCACCCUUUGGUUUGUAGAAUGUACUGAAAUGUUUGCAACCCUCUUGGUAUCAGGUCCAAAAUGUGAAGCAUUACUGUUAAGAGGGUAUCUUUCUAAUGUAUUUGUAUGUAUAGUUUACACCUCUGUGAGGUCUAAUAAAGGAUUAUGGUUAAUA